AAGGGUUCAGCCUUGCUUAUGGAUUUCAGCCGUCUCUCUGUCUCUCCAGUCUCCACUCAGCUCCACCGGCGGCCGGGCUUGAAUUAGUCUUCUCCGUUUCUGGCCUCUGCUACUCUGCUCCGUUUCCCUUCGCCUUUCCUAACCCGCAAAGCCCCAAAUCAAACCAAACAUCAGAGGUGAAGGAUAGAAGGGUUUUUCGGUUUUGAUUUCGAGUGACGCCUCACAACUUUCAAUUUAAUGGCUCAGAAACUCAAAACCCUACCGGAUGCAAGUAGGGAUUUAAUAAGUGAGCUUCCGGUAGAGGUGAAAGACAGAAUUUUGGAGUGUUUGCCCAUCCGAGACGCCGCCAGAACUGCUCUGCUCUCAAGGCACUGGAAUCAUGUUUGGUUGCACCAUGAGCGGCUUAAGUUCGAUUCCGAAUUCCUGCAAAGUUUCCAAAACUCCCAAGAUGAUGAAGGUAGAACCCUCGUGAACAUAAUCAAUAAUAUCCUCUUUUUCCGUGCUGGGCCUGUUAAGAAAUUUAGCCUAGAGAUUAGCGAUCCUUCCCCGCUGCCGCAGCAAUUUGAUAUUGAUAGGUGGUCUCUUUUUCUGGCAAGAAAUGGUGUGGAGGAACUUAUGAUAUGUUUAGACACUGAUGUGGAGGAAUAUAAGCUGCCAUUUUGUUUACUCUCUUGCAGGACAAUUAAGAAAUUGAUAGUCCAAGGUCCCUCUAUUGAUUUGCCUGUAAAUGAUUGUGGUAUAUUUUCCAAUAUCACUUCAUUAGCUCUCUUCAAUGUUGUAUUUAAGUGCAGUGUUAAUGGAAUUGCCUCUAGUAUUAGUAUUCCUAAGCUUGAAAAGCUUUCUCUCCAUUAUUGUGGAGGGAUCAAUAAAUUUGAGAUCUGCCCAACACAGCUUGAAAUCUUGUCUGUUAUUGAUCCUAUUGAUGAUGACUUUGAUUCGAGAUGGUUGGCACCGCAUUUGAAAGCUAUUAAGACUCUUUGGUUGUGUGGCUCUUCGUUGAAGUGUAUGCGUGUAUCUAUGUUUCCAACUGCAAUUAAUCUGCGAGUGCUGAAGCUGUAUGAAUUAAAGUUUCAUUGUCGGAAGCAGCUCAUCGUUUCUAUGCAAUUGCUUCAAAAAUGCCCCAACCUAUGUGAACUAUGGAUUAUGGCGAAAGAGUAUCGUGGGAAGGAUGACCAAGAAGCUGCUUCAAGGCUUUUGGAGGAUGGAAACGGUUGCUUAUUUAUUCAAGAGCUGCAGAUGCUUAACACAAUUAAGAUUGAAGCAUUCAGUGAUCAAUCUGAAUCCGAAAUGCUUUUUAUGAAAACGCUGCUCUCGAAAUCCCCUGCGCUAGAGAGAGUUGUUAUUGUGAAAUCUUGGCAUAGGAAUGCCUCUGAGGUGGCGAGAAAAAUACAAAGGAAGUUGGAAUGCUUCCCUCAUGCAUCUCCAAACGCACAAAUUGUCUGCACUGGUGUGAGUGAGGACUGGUUGAAUACUAUGUGGCCGUAAAGAGCGUGAAGAAGACCUGCCAUGUAUCAGAGAAUCUUGUAAUCUAACAGGAAUAUACCUUUGUCUUGUAGAUCUUCUAGGCUGAAUAUUAUGAAAUUUAUUUUUGAGGUUCAUCUGGCAAACCACUCUCUGUUGCUGAAUUUUGUGGUGUAAGUGAAGCUGCAGAUAAUGGAACACCUAAAGUGGAAUGACCAUCAGUGGUUAUAAUCAUCUGAAAAGGAUAUCACUGGUAGAGAGGGAUUAGCCUUUUAGGAAUUUACUAUGGUUUGUAAUCUUUGUAUGCAACAUAGAAAAGUGGUAAUUUGAUUAAAAGAAUAUAUGUUUCAUUUGCAUUCUGCCACUGUAUGUGGCUCAUUCUAAUGA